CUCAACUCGGCACAGCUGCUGAUCAUUCCGUCCAGCUGUACAAUGCGACGUUGAUUGGCUGAGCUCAGUGUCAAAUCCAUCUCUUUCGCGUCAUGUCGGACCGGGUGACGCCCCUGGGCUUUGUGUCCGCGGCUUCCAGUGCCUUCUUCUCCGAGGGGAUGCACAUGCAGCAGCCACUGCUGGACCGUGUGGACUCCACCGAAGUCCCAGGAUCGUCCUCAGACACCCGAGUCGAAAAUAGCGGAGACUGUGGAGAAAAUUUCCCAUCAGAGGGCGAUAAAUUGUUCUUCCUGGGUGAAUUCGACGCAGAAAACACCGUUAGGGACAUGCAACCGCCUCAAAAACUAAGUAAAAGUCGCCAUAACGGCAUGGAGACGCGUAUUAUCGUGCCACCGCGGAGUGGCGUCAAGUCAUCGGUGCCCGUGAGUGGCCAGCUGGCAGCGUCUAGCGGAGAUACAGGGAGUUUGUCAGUAAAACUUUCAUUAAACAAGAAGCGACCACUGCAAGUAAAAAGCGACGAAGACAACGAGAAACAAUGGGAUCUUGAUACGUUCAUGACAAGUACACGGUCAGCUAUAAAGCAAGCACAAGCGGAGCUAAAAGUUCAGAUAUUAUGGAGCGAGAAGUUCGCGGCUGGACAAUUGCACUCCAUCCUACAAUUUGACAAAGAAAUGGAAGACGUUCAAGCUACACCACGUUUAACAGAGGGCGGUAGACCUUGUUGCUCACAUGCUGGAUGUACAAAACAAGCUCAGACUAAGGGAAAAUGUAUCGCUCAUGGAGGCGUACGGGAGUGUAAGGUGGACGGAUGUACUGCUACUGCGAAAUGGCGCAGUCUGUGUACGGAGCAUGGCGGUCGGCGUACAUGCUCGAAAGCGGAUUGCGAGAAACUCGCAUUAAGUGGAGGAAAGUGUCUUGAGCAUGGAGGCGGAGGAGGGAAAACGUGUUCAUUUCCGGACUGUACUACACGACCGCAACGACGAGGAUUGUGUGCUGCUCAUGGCGGCUAUAUUGUGUGUAAAACCGAGGGUUGCGAGCGCAGAGCUGCCAGUAAAGGGCUGUGCUCUCAUCACGCUGUUGUCGAUAAGUGUAAGACAGAUGGCUGUGAGAAGGCUGGAUCGAAUCGUGGCUACUGCUACAAACACGCAGUGGAGAGUGGAGCUAUUAAAGUCUCUCGGAAGCCCAAGUGUAAGGAGGAAGGAUGCUUGAAGAUCCAGCUUCGGCAAGGCUACUGCUCCCGACACGCUCAGGAACGUGGACUUACUGUAGGUCGCACGUGUAAAGCUGAAGGAUGCAGCAAGGUGGCACAGGCUGGAGGUUUCUGUGGGACGCAUGGAGGUGGAACACGCUGUAAAAUUGCGGGCUGUAACAAGUCAAUUGUUACGAAAGGAUUGUGCUCUGCGCAUGGUGGCCGGAAGACGUGCAAGGUUGAAGGUUGCGAGAAAUGGGGGCUUUCUUCCGGAUCUUUAAAAGGAUAUUGCGUCGAGCACGGCGGUGGCUACCGUUGCAAGCAUCCAGGGUGCACCAAAAGCGUGCAAUACAAUGGAUUGUGCUGUACCCAUGGUGGCAGACUGAAAUGCGAGGCCGAGGGAUGCAACAAGACGGUGAGGGUAAAAGGUCUGUGCGCUUCACACCAAACAUAGAUUAAUAAUACCACUAGGUGGCAAAAAGAAUCAAGUUACAACAAUGGAUAUAUUCAUAUACUCGGAGUAUAAAAGUACAUAUACCGUUGGAGUGAUUGUACCCA